AUGCGUGCAGGAUUACAUCGCCCGCUGCAGCAACAGCAGCAGCAGCAGCAGCAGCAGCAGCAGCAGCAGCGGACCCGUCUCUCUCGGCUUCGAGAGUUAGCAGCAGCAGCAGCAGCAGCAGCAACAACCGCCGCAGCAGCAGCAACAGCAGCAGCAGCAGCAGCAGCAGCAGCAGAAGGAUCUGCAGCAGAAAUGGAUCUCGAUGCAGCUGCAGGGAAUGAGGGGGAGGCCUUACGAAUCCUGACAGAGGCCCUGGAUAUUCACAGGCAGCAACCGCAGCAGCAGCAGCAGCAGCAGCAGCAGCAGCAGCAGCAGCAACAGCAGGACGAGUCAAGGCGGAGCGAGGGAGAUGUUCUCCAGCAAGAUUAUGAGCAGUCACAGCAGCAGCAAGAUCUGCGAGACGAGCAACAGCAGCAGCUGCAGCAGCAGCUGCAGCAACAGCUGCAGCAGCUAGAAUGGCAGCCGCAGCAACCGCAGCAGCAGCAGCAGCAGCAGGAACAAACUGUUGAUGAUGGUCUGGGGGCUAUUGGGGAGCUCGAGCGGCGUCUCCGUUCUUUGGGUGUAUUUGCAGGGCAGCAGCUGCGGGCGGUGCAGCAGCAGCAGCAGCAGCAGCAGCAGCAGUUGCAGCUGCGGCAUCAGUUGCAGCAAGAGGAACUGCAACAAAAGCUCCAGCAGCAACUGCAGCAGCAACUGCUGCUGCAGCAGCAAGAGAGAGCUGCUGCUGCUGCUGCUACCACCCCGCCUGGCUUCGAGGAGCUCUUCCACGGCUACUCAGCAGCUGGCAGGCUCCCGCUGCAGCAGCAGCAGCAGCAGCAACAGCAGCAGCAGCAGCAGCAACAGGGCGAUGCGAGGCUACUUCAGCUCAAGCAAAAGCAACUCCAGCAGCAACUGCUGCUGCUGCAGCAGCAUGGCUACUCAGCAGCCGGCAGGCUCCCGCUGCAGCAGCAGCAGCAGCAGCAGCAGCAGCAACAGCAGCAGCAGCAGCAGCAACAAGGCGAUGCGAGGCUACUUCAGCUCAAGCAAAAGCAACUCCAGCAGCAACUGCUGCUGCUGCAGCAGCAGCAGAAACAGCAGCAGCAGCAGCAACGAGCAACCGGAGAAGCACGGCAGCACUGGCUGCGAGACGACUCGGAGCUGCAGCAGCAGCUGUGUCAGCAUUACCUGCAGCAGCAGCUGCUGCAGCAGCAGCAGCAACUGCAGCAGCAGCAGCAACUGAGGCAGAAGCAGCAGCAGCAACGCCAGCUGCAACAGCAAAAGCAGCUCCUGGAGGUACAGCAACUACAAACGCAGCAGCAACAGCAGCAGCAGCAGCAGCAGCAGUGCUCCUUCUUGCCGGCCCUCGUAGACCUUCAAGCUGCUGCUGCUUCUCAGCAGCAGCAGCAGCAGCAGAGACGGCUGCAGCAAGGCCUGGCGGGUGAAGGCUGUGCAUUGAACCCAGAUGCUGCUGAGUUCGUGCCCGCACGCUUGCAGCAGCAGCAGCAGCAGUUACAGCAGUGCCGCAACGAGAGUGCAGCAGCAGCAGCAACCCCAGCAGCUGCAACGGCAGCAGCAGCAGCAGCAGCAGCAGCGGCAGCAGCAGCAAACACACCGGCACAGCAGAUACUUUCAGUUGCGGAUGCAGCGUGGGAAGAGGUGACGGUUAUACAAUCGCUGAGCAGCAACAGCAGCAGCAGCAGCAGCAAUAGAAGCAGCAGCAGCAGCAGCAGCAGCAGCAGCAGCGCUGCCCAGUAUGCGAGUUGCGCCUGUGGGUCGCUCUUUCGUCUGCAGCAGCAAGACAACCACUUCUGCAUCGCCAAGCUGGAAACAGAAACAGCAGCAGCAACAGCAGCAGCAGCAGCAGCAGCAGCAGAAGCAGCAGCAGCAACAUCCGGCAGUGAAGGCGUUAAAGCCACCGGCGGUGAGGGGGGCAGCAGCAGCGCCAUAGAAAUGAAUUGUGUGGGUGUCAGUGAUGCGCUUGAGACAGAAACAACAACAGCAGCAGCAGCAGCAGAAGAAGCAACUGCUGCUGCUGCUGCUGCUGCAGACAGCAGCGUCGUUCCUGAGCCCGCUGCAGAAGUAGCUGGUGAACAGCAGCAGCAGCAGCAGCAGCAGGGAGAGAAGCAAAAAGAGCGGCCAGGGAAGGAGCAGGACGCCGACAAAGCGCUCAGCAGCAGCAGUAGUAGUGGCAGCAGCAGCAGCAGCAGCAGCAACAGCAGCAGCAGCAGCAGCAGCAAAUCACAUGAGUGUCGCUUGGCUGUCUUUUCGGAACUUGACGCAAGGGGAGAUAUAAAAGAUAAAGAUAUUUUUUUCUUUCAUGUUGGCUUAGGGCUAUGGGAGCGGCAGCAGCUGCACUGGGGUGUCUCCUCACAGCAGCAGCAGCAGCAGCAGCAGCAGUUGCAGCAGCAGCAGCAGCAGCAGCAGCAGGGGGAAGAGGAGGAUUCUGAGCAGCUUGCAGCAGCAGCAGCAGCAGCAGCAGCAGGGGGAAGAGGAGGAUUCUGA